ACUUGUUUCUGUGUUUUAAAUGUGAUGAAUGAUUCAUGAAGAUGAAGAACGUUAAAACACACAGCGGACAUUCAGAAUAUGAGACAGAGAAUCAAUGAGGACUUCAUCAUCGUCUGUCCAACACACACACACACACACACACACACACACACACUCACACACACACACACGAAAACAAACAAGACAGUAGCACAGUGUGCGUCGCUCGCCCCUCCCUCACCCCUCCGUCACAGGGUCACACUGUGUUGUUGUCGAACUGGACAAUGAACACACACACACACAUAUACACACGAUGGCCGCCGCCUCGCCUCGCCGCUGUCCACCGCCUCAGACCUCCACCUUCGUCAUCGUCCUCAUCGUCCUGUCAGGCGGCUGUUUUUUUUCCGUCUGCUCUUUUAAAGUGGCGGAGGGGGGCGUGGCCUCUCUGUCCUGCCAGUACUCCGUGAAGCGUUUCGGCCUGAGUCGGGUCUGCUGGGGCCGCGGCUGUGGAACCUUCUGGUGCAGCAACAUCCUGGUUCAGACGGACGAGAACGGCGUCAUCUCCAAGGUGGAAGACCGGUACCGGCUGACGGGGGACGUCUUGGACGGUCAGAUGGACCUGGACAUCCUGGACGUGAGGCGGACGGACAGCGGGCCGUACUGCUGCAGGGUGGACAUCGACGGGAUCUUCAACGACAAGAAGGUGAUCAUGAACCUGAGAGUCGUCAAAGCUCCGGGCACCAGUUCUCCUCCAACAACAACAACAACAACAACAACAACAACAACAACAACAACAAAGCUGGAUCGGGUCAUGGAGCCGUCGACCUCCACAGUAAACUGGAAAAUGCUGCUGUCGUCUCAUCUGGACCUCCUGAAGAACUCCACCCUGCUGCGCUCCGACACCAUCACUGUGGAGGACUCUCUGCCGUCUCUCUCCCUUCAGAUCAACGUUCCCGUCCUCUCUCUCUCCCUCACUGUGUUGCUGAUCUUGGCUUCAGUUUUUCUCUUUCUGGCCUUCAAACGUGGAAUAUACAGACGAGCCUUAAAGACCGGCUGUUUUUCCUCUGAGGAACCUCCACACAUCAUCUAUGAGAUCCGGAUGAGGAGACCAGUUCAGGAGAACAUCUACACUCUGGACUAGUUCAGACCUGGACCUGCUCCGCUCUGUCCACUGCUUUUUCUACAGAAACUGUGUAAAGUUUAAAUGAGAUUUAAAAAGGGAACAUGCUGAAAGACAGUUUAUUCUAAAUCACGCCGUGUGUGAAACGCUUUCUGUGAGCUGACUAUGAGCAGGCUGCUGCUGCUGCUGCUGUGAACACUUUUAUUAGUGUUUCCUGUGGGAAUAACCUAUGAAACCCCAAAGUGUUCAACAUUACAUACAAAAAAAGAGAUAAAUAAACAGUGACAUGAAGAUGAAACUUUAA